CUUUCUUUAUUUGAAAUUUUUAUAAUUACGAGUGGAACUAGUGUGAAAAUAAGCUGUGUAGUGUCGAAAAUAAUAACUACUGCUUUUUAUCUUAGCUGGAACAAACGCUGAAAAUGGGAGCGGACAUUAAACAAAUCUUUGGUCAUUUUCAAUAAUUUAUUUCUUAUAUUUUGUGAUAUAAUUUUUAGUAUUAGUCUUCUAUCAUCAUAUGAUUGUUGCAUAAUGUCUUUUAUUUAUUAUAGGAAAUUUAGUACUAAAGGAUAGUUAGUGUUAUGGAGUAGGUUAGUUUUUUAUGGUUCAGUAGAUUCAGUACUAAAAAUGAGUAUUCAAGUAUGUAGGGAUCCCUCCGACGCUGUGGCUUUGUAUUUGCCUCAGCGUCUAUAUUUAAAAUCCUUCGCAAAGCUUAAUAUUUCUGUCCAGCUCCCUACCCACAAGGUUCACGGCAAAUCCAUUUCAAAUUGGGAUCUGAUGGAGAAAUUACGGAAGAUGAUCCAACCUGAUUCGUUUUCCGUGUUAAAAGUGACGAAGCACAGUUCUGAAGUGAUACGAUUCGAAGCAGAGUUAGAAAAUCGUGAAAAAUUAGAUAGAGUAUCAUCAAGACUCGAAGAUCGUAUUGUGCAAUUAAAUGAUUAUCCGGAUCCGCUGAAAGUGAAAGUAACAGAAGCUAAAUCGGAUUUUCCAAGUCGGCAUGUAUGGGAUUCUUUUUUUCGCGAUGCCACUGAUAUGGAUGAGAUGAAGCCUGGUGAGAGGCCUGAUACAGUACAUAUUGCUAACUUACCCAUCAGGUGGUUUGUCCAUGAAAGAGAUCUAAAUGAAGAUUCUCCACCCUCUGAAAACCUUUUCAAGAAAGUGUUUGAAAAGUUUGGUGCAAUAAGGCAAGUAGACGUUCCUGCAGCUGACCCGUUUAGGAUGCAAAUGAAAUCUUCAAUGAGGGGAAUAACUGUGCCACCUCAAGAUUCUCAGGUAUAUUUUGAGGGUUACAUUCAGUUCAGUGAAUAUGUCAGUUUCGUCCGUUGUAUGGACGCACUGCGAGGGCGAAAGUUAUUAAGAAAAAGAGAUGACAUAGCUGAGUGGUGCAAUAUUCAUGUGGACUUUGACAAAAGUAAGCACAUGACUGAUGCGGCUGUAAAACGUAGAUCUAUUGUACGUGAAAGGUUAGUGGCACGGCAAAAUGCUAAAGAAGAGGAAGAGCGAAAGGAAAAGGAAAGAAUUUCUAAGCGAGAAGCAAAAGAAAGACAAAAGUAUGAGCGCACUGAGCUUGAGAAGCUAGAGAAAAUGAGAGAAAGAGAAGAGAGACGUAAGAAGAAACAACUUGCUAAGUUGAUGGAAAGAGACAAUGUCGAUUUAAACAGCCGUGUUGCUGAAGAAAGGCGAAAACUUUUAAAAGAACAGAAGAAACUUCAAGCUAUAAGAUUGCUUGAAGAACUUUUCAAAAGAAUUGAGCUACGUCCGGAUUUGCGGCCCAACGGGCAGAAACCGGAGCGGUACUACGCGGCGGGCGAGAGGAGCGCGCGGGCUCGCAUAGUGGACCGCUUGAAACAACAACAGGAGGAUGUGCUCGAUGCACAGAGGAACUACCUCAAGAGUGCCCUAGAUGGGCGUAUAGUGAUUCGAUCUGCAUUGGAAACGAAGAAGCCAAAGCGUAAUUCGUCGUUGAGUUCUGAUUCCUCGAUGGAGGAGGCCAGGCACAAGAGGAUCAAGUCCGAGAGACUCACCACGCCAGAGCGGGACAUGCACUAUAAAGGUGAGACACUUAAUAUAUAUAUUAAAAUGUUCUUUGCUGAAUGGGUUUUGUGUUAUGUAACCUUAUAUAUAUUUACAUGGUGGCCUAAAUAUGAAAAAAGAACCUAG